GACCGGAAGUUGGCCCCGGCUCGGCCCCCAGGUGCCAAGGGUCGGGGGCUCGCAGUCCUCCCCGGGGGAUGUGGAGAGCUGGCGGCAUGUCGGCGGAGCUGGGCAUCGAGUUCGCCCUGCGGGCAGUGAACGAGCGCGUGCAGCAGGCCGUGGCGCGGCGGCCACGGGAUCUCCCAGCCAUCCAGCCCCGGCUUGUAGCAGUCAGCAAAACCAAACCUGCAGAGAUGGUGAUUGAGGCCUACAGUCAUGGCCAGCGCACUUUCGGAGAAAACUAUGUUCAGGAACUGCUAGAAAAAGCAUCAAAUCCUAAAAUUGUGUCUUCGUGUCCUGAGAUCAAAUGGCACUUCAUUGGCCACCUACAGAAACAAAACGUCAACAAAUUGAUGGCUGUCCCCAACCUCUUCAUGCUGGAAACAGUGGACUCUGUGAAGUUGGCAGACAAAGUCAACAGUUCAUGGCAGAAAAAAGGUUCUCCUGAAAGGUUAAAGGUUAUGGUCCAGAUCAACACCAGUGGAGAGGAGAGUAAACAUGGCCUUGCACCGUCAGAAAUGCUAGCCCUGGUGGAACACCUGAACGCCAAGUGCCCCAGUCUGGAGUUCGUGGGGCUGAUGACCAUAGGAAGCUUCGGCCACGAUCUCAGUCAAGGACCAAAUCCAGACUUCCAGAUGCUGCGGUCCCUGCGGGAAGAGCUGUGUGAAAAGCUGCGUAUCCCUGCCGAGCAGGUGGAGCUGAGCAUGGGCAUGUCCGGGGACUUCCAGCAUGCUAUUGAAGUUGGGUCAACAAACGUCCGGGUAGGGACCACCAUUUUUGGAGAGCGGAACUACUCUAAGAAACCUGUCCUAGAUGAAACCACAACAGAACUGAAGACCCCAGCGGAGUCGGCACAGGUGCAUUGAGCCGAGGAUGGCUGAGGCAACUGGCUAUGCAUGGCUGAAGUGUUCAUUGUGACAACCCCUACUUUACUGCCCAGCUGUGCCCUCUUGUGACCUGGACAGCUGUGCACAGUCCCAGGUGUCAGUUGAGGCCACCUGUGCAUAGUCUCUGACAUUGGAAUCCUGCUUCAGAUAGUGACUUUGGAUCAAGUUUGAGGAUCCAGACUCUUCUGUAGAAACAGAUGCCAAGUCAGUAGCCAGAAAUUGAGUCCCAUAUUGAACUUAGCCCAGGAGCACUAACGGAUUCAUGAAUACCUUUCCCAGGUUGCAGUGUGGGUUGCUGGUGUCUAUAAUCUUUCCCUUUGGUCAUUCCCACUCUGGUAGGAAAUUCCCCACAAUGAUGGUCACUUGCGCUGCUCUGGGGCAAGGUGGUUCUGUCCCCCAGAACACAUGGAAAGUGUUCCAGCCAUGACUUCCAGCCGUGACAUAAAUGACAGCUCUGCACACAAUUGUUACUAUCGGCAGUUUGUGUCACUGACCACUGUGACUUUGAAAUUUUAGGGGUAACUAUUUCUAACUAGGACUUUGGCCUUUCUGACAUCCUCCUUAAGAGAUGAGACUUGGAACUUUUCACUGGGGGACUUACCAUGAUGGGAAUUUAAUGAUGUGGUGUUUCCUCCCCCAUAAGCUCCCUUCAUGGUGAUUUUUUAGCAGAGGCCAGUGAAAUGUCAUCCCUCAGAAACGAGAGCCUUGUGGUUUCAGCAAGGCCUUGCCCUGCCAGAAUGGCUGAGGAGCACCCUGGAGGCCCAUUCACAGCCCCCAAGCUUUUUAUAAACCACAGCUUCAUAGCUCUUUUUGAUUAUUUGUCAAUAAAAUAGCAAGAUCUUCAAAAAUCAGAAAGCACAAUUCUCCAAGUCAUGACCGCUUCUGUGUAAGUUUGUUUUCUAGAUAGUUUUUCCUCUUAUUCAAGCCCCAGUCUUUAAUUUUCUGAAAUAACUUUGAGACAUGAUGCUGCUACUGAAUGUAAUUUUGUAGAACUGAACGCCAUUAUGAUUCCUGUUUCAGAGCUAUAGUGUGAUAUUUCAGAGUCUAUUAAAUAAAAUGUGAGUUUGAAUUAUACCAUCUGUGCCAAUUACAAAGCAAUUAAAGUAUUUAUUUUCUA